GCUUUGCACUUCCAUGAAGCUGGCUUCCCGUCGUCGUGGGUCAGGACGGUGUUAUCAGUGCGUCUGAAUAACCCCCUGACGAAUAGGCAUCCCGGUCUCUUUAUCCAGCGACCGCGAUGGACUUGCUUCGGGUUUGGCUGUUUAUUCUCGCUGUGUACAGCGUUGCCGGACAGUCUACCGUGAUUGGCUCAAAUGAAACAGUGAAAGUCGUAGCCGGACAUGACGCCAUUCUGCCAUGCCACCUGAAGCCCCCAUUCAAUGUGACACCUCAGAUGGUGGAGUGGAAACAUGAUGGGAAACAAGUUCACUUAUAUCGAAGUAAGGCUGACAGUCUGGAUGAUCAGGACAAGAACUUCAGAAAAAGGACAUCUCUCUUCCAGGAUAAAAUGGUCAAAGGAAACCUCUCACUAAAACUGACCAACGUAACUGAAGCGGAUGCUGGAAAUUACACCUGCCGUGUUCGUUUUAAAAACAAAUCCGGCUUUAUUGAAGUCAGAAUAUACAAAGUUACCCUCAUUGUUGACACAGAGGCAGAGCAAAAGCCAGAUCCAAACAUAAGUCUCGAAAACCUGGUACCAGUUAUUGGCAUAGGAGGAGCUUUAUUUGUUGGUGUAUUUGUGAUUGCUGCUGUCAUUGUCUGUGUCAAAUGGAAGCCAUGUGGAAACAACCAGCCAGAGCCAAAAACAGAUAACGGUACGACUGGAAGACGAUCCCGGGGAGGACGCAGAAGGCGAAGAAACAACAAAUACAAUACUUCUGACAACAUGCAAAGCACCAGUGAAGCUAGUCCUUGAGUAUAACUACUACCAAAAAAAAAGAAAGUAUAUUCUAUUGAAAUAAUAAAAUCAAACACAGGCUGUAGUGGCAAUCUGACCACAAAAAAUGCCACUGGAGGGAAUUUCCAACGCUUGCUGGUGCUAAUAAUGAGUUCCGCCAUCGUCUUAAGGUUAAUCCUUUAUUUUAUAAAUGCAUUUAAAAACGUCUACAAAAAGACUGACUGUGCAAGAUUAACAACGAGAGAUCUAAAAACAUCACUCGCACACAGCGGAGGUUGAAAAACUGUGUAGCCUCCCAGAUCCUAAUUCCUCCUUCCCCUUCUCGCCUGUGAUCUUCUUUCUAACCUCUGAUUGGCACACAUACACACAGGGACGCAGGUGACGUAGCGAACAAACCAUUCACACAAACCUACCACACACACACACACACGUCUAAAUUGGCUACAACACAGAGCAUAUCACUCAUUUUUGUGAAGAACACUAAAUGGCAUUGUCGGAAAUGGGUUGGGAACCACUGCUCUAAUUAUGUCAUUUCAUUCAAUUAGGUGCACAGCUCCCUGGUAAACUAUUCUUCUGGUGUCAGCAUUUAUCUCUUAAAAGCUACAUAAGAGUUAAAGCCUCUCCAAUAAGAAUUAUACAGCUGUCAUUUGUCCCGCCCUAACAGGUGCAACAGCACUAAGAGGGGACUCAGGAAGAUGUCAAUCACUCAGUCUAGUGUUAAUUUCGUCAG